AUCAAACAAACAAAACUAAAGCAAAUCAACGCCGGUGUCGUCGUCUCUUUCAAAACGAUUUUGUUGCUUUUAAUUGUUUUUUGGGGGUGGUUUCGGUUUGUUUUGUUUUUGCUUGACACCUGGGAACCAACAUCCCCCCACCCUCAGAAAUAACCAAAGACAAUGGUUCACUGUGCAGGCUGCAAAAGGCCAAUCUUGGACCGGUUUUUGUUGAAUGUACUGGACAGGGCUUGGCAUGUGAAGUGUGUUCAGUGCUGUGAAUGUAAAUGCAAUUUGACAGAGAAAUGCUUUUCGCGAGAAGGCAAGCUUUACUGCAAAAACGACUUCUUUCGGUGUUUCGGGACCAAGUGUGCGGGCUGUGCCCAAGGCAUCUCCCCCAGCGACCUGGUCCGCAGGGCGCGGAGCAAAGUGUUCCACUUGAACUGUUUUACGUGUAUGAUGUGUAACAAGCAACUCUCCACCGGCGAGGAGCUCUACAUCAUCGACGAAAACAAGUUCGUCUGCAAAGAAGAUUACCUAAACAACAGCAAUACUGCCAAAGAAAACAGCCUGCAUUCAGCCACCACCGGCAGUGACCCCAGCCUGUCCCCUGACUCCCAAGACCCUUCCCAAGACGACGCCAAGGACUCGGAAAGCGCCAACGUGUCUGACAAGGAAACGGGCAGCAACGAAAACGACGACCAGAACCUGGGGGCCAAGCGAAGGGGCCCCCGCACUACCAUCAAAGCCAAACAGCUAGAGACUCUGAAAGCCGCCUUCGCGGCCACCCCGAAACCCACCCGGCACAUCAGGGAGCAGCUGGCGCAGGAGACCGGCCUCAACAUGCGGGUCAUCCAGGUCUGGUUCCAGAACCGGCGCUCCAAGGAGCGGCGCAUGAAGCAGCUGAGCGCGCUGGGUGCGCGGCGCCAUGCCUUCUUCCGCAGCCCGCGCAGGAUGCGGCCGCUGGUCGACCGGCUGGAACCCGGAGAGCUCAUCCCCAACGGGCCCUUCUCCUUCUACGGAGAUUAUCAGAGCGAGUAUUAUGGCCCUGGAAGCAACUACGAUUUCUUCCCACAAGGACCUCCUUCAUCUCAAGCGCAGACACCCGUGGACCUCCCGUUCGUGCCCUCCUCGGGGCCGUCAGGCACUCCCCUGGGGGCCAUGGACCACCCCCUGCCCGGACAUCACCCCUCCAGUGAGGCUCAGCGCUUCACUGACAUCAUGUCGCAUCCCCCAGGAGACUCACCCAGCCCCGAGCCCAACCUGCCCGGGUCCUUGCACUCCAUGUCUGCGGAAGUCUUUGGCCCCAGCCCUCCUUUUUCUUCGAUAUCCGUCAACGGUGGUGCUAACUAUGGCAAUCACUUGUCACAUCCACCCGAAAUGAAUGAAGCAGCUGUGUGGUAGCUUUAAAACAAACUGGGUCUAAGUAAGUGAUGAUCAUCUAGUCUGCUUAUUGUUAUGGUGUACAGAAAUGAAUAAAUAUAACAUCUCUCCUGCCCUAAGACACUAUUUCCUUGGGAAUGAACUGAAUCCAAAUCGCUCCAAGGCAAGCUUUGCUCUAGACCAGGACAAUCUUCAUGUUAUGGUUGUAUCAGACAAGCAAGGGGACUCUUUUUGUACCAUUGACAAAGGAACUGGUGAAGCUGUACAGUACAGUGCUGCCAAUGCCGUAGGAUGGCGUUCGGUUUGAUUGCCCUGCUCGGAUGUCAUCCUAAAGAGCCACAAUCCGUAGAAACUUCUCAUUUUAAAAACAAACAAACAAACAAAAUUAAUAAUUGAAUGAAGGAAAGGUCAAAGGAAAGGGGGAUAAAAAGCCUCAAGAACUCUAGCAGCCCCGGUUAAGGAUGGUUCUGGCAUUCUGAAUCUGUUUGUUCAUUUUUGUCUCUCAGAAAGCUCGACAACAAGAAACUCUUUUUAGCUGCAGCCAUCUCAGCCUGCUGACGAUCAGGUGGGACAACUUUCCUUUCGGUUU